AUGUCCUCUGUGCCCAAAGAGAUGAAGGCUGCGGUCUUGACCGGGCAAAGCCAACCCCUCGAGAUCAAGAACGUCCCCGUCCCCGAGGCCCAGCCAGGCGAGAUCCUGAUCAAGGUCCACGCGUGUGGUGUAUGCCACAGCGAUCACCACGUCCUGGCUGGGGAUAUGGGUCCUCCGUGAGUAUGAUUGUCCGCAAGCUCUUCGAAAAACACCCUCAUCUGACAUGUUCUCCUAAUCUCCCGCCUCGGCCACGAAUUCGUCGGAACCGUCGUCCACGUGCCGUCGACGACGGAGAAGAAUUGGAAAGUCGGCGACCUCGUCGGCGGGCCCGUGGCACGGAGGCCACGACUUCACCUGCAAAGCCUGCUGUCGCGGGCAACUGAGUUCCAGAUGUGCGACAACAAGACCAUCCACGGCGUCCUGCGCGACGGCGGCUACGGCCAAUAGGCCACCCUGCCUGCGCACCCCGAAGCCGCAGUGCGGAUUCCCACGACCGCCGACUCGGCCGCCGUCGCGCCCCUCCUCUGCGCCGGCGUCACCGUCUUCAACGGCCUCCGACAACUGAACCUCGUGGCUGGCGGGCGACACGGUCGCCGUGCAAGGGCUCGGCGGCCUCGGCCACCUGGCCCUCCAGUACGCGAGCAAGAUUGGGUUUCCGCACCGUCGCGCUCUCCCGCGGCACGGCGAAGAAGGACUUCGCCCUACAGCUCGGCGCGCACGAAUAACAUCGACAUCCAACAAGCCCACAAAGACGCCGGCGCGGCCCUGGCAAUCCCUCGGCGGCGCCGCCUGUAUCAUCGUCACGGCACCCAACCCGCAAGUCAUCACGCCCCCUCUCAUCGCCGGACUCGGCAACCAGGGCAAGCAAACUCCUCCUCUUCACGGCCAUCGGGCCCGUUCGGCACCCCUGGAUACGGUAACCCAUGGUUUACACUGAAGGGUUUCACUGAGGUCGUGCACGGCUGGGGCCGAGCGGGCGCAUGCGAAUGA